CGGCCCGGCAGCUGCGCAGUUUACAUAUAACCGUUUGCCGCAUUAUCACAUGGCUGUUGAAAAAUGUUGAAUCGCCGCAGUGUAACAAGUAGCAUAAUUGUUAACACUUCUGCCACAUUUGUAUAACAAGAAAUUAACCGUAACGUUAUUGCACGCGGCUUUUUUUACUGCUGCGUUUUUUACAUUACAAAUGACAAUGAACGUGCACGGAGUUUGUUUGUAAUUUUUUCACCUUGGAACGAUAACAAAUAAUUCACGUAACGAUGGACGACCAAACCGAAUGGAUACUCGAGCGCAUCGGUCCCAUCAAACAAGAAGUGGCGAUGAACAAAAGCUACCUAACUUGUGGCAGAAUGAAAGACCAAGACAUUGUAUGUCUGAGUUUAUUGGUAUCUAGAGAGCACUGUGAAUUUGCACAACUACAAGAUGGUUUAUCUGUAAUAGAUUUUGGGAGUUCCAAUGGAGUUUUUGUAAAUGGGCAACAAAUACGAGCUAGACAGAGACACAUGUUGGAAGAAAAUGACUAUGUAGGCAUUGGGUGCUGUAAUAUUGAAGAUUUAGACAAAUCCAUGUUUGUUUACCAAGUAAAGAAAAAGAAAAUACCAAAUGAUAGAUUGAAUCGUAAGCAACAAUCCAAGACUCGUCAAGGACCCAUUCCUGUGCCUGCUAAGAUACAAAAAUUACCAAUUAAAGAAGAUGAUGAUGAUAAUGAUAUAGAAAUAAUUGAGCAUAUGAGUAGUGAUUCAGCUGUUAUACAGAGUAAAAAAAUCAAUCCUUUAGAAAAACUGAAUGCCAAAGAAUUUCGAAAAAUUGCACAUCCAAUUAAGCAAAUUAAUGAUAAUGUUCAUUUGAAACCAGUAGUUAGCGAGUGUUCUAGUACUUCAAAUAUUGACAAUGAAACAGGCAAUUUAUCUAAAAAUUGUCCUAAAAUAACCGAAAAGGAUAAUUCAUCUAAAAUAAUUAAAAGUAAUAAUUACAAAAAUAGUGUAUCGGCUAAAGUGCUUGACAUUAUAGAAAUAGAUAUUAAUGAUGAGCCAGUCCCAAUAAACAUAAAAAUUGAGCCAAUGCAAUUAGAUGAAGUUGGUACCAGUAGUAUAAAUACAGCAAGUCAAGAAGUUGGUACUAAUAGUAUAAGUGUAGGAACAAAGCAAGUAGUACAGAAUGCUCAGGUUGACAAUUGUUCACCAUUUGUUGAUGACAAUGCUGGUAUUGAUACAGCCAAUUUGAACAACAUAAAAUCAGAAUCAAAAUAUGAAGAUAAUAAUAGUCAUCUACCUUCUAUGAAUGACUGUAAUGAAGAAUUAAAUAUUGAAAAUGACGACGUCAAUAAUAUUAAAGAGGAACUUUAUUCACAAAUAGAUCUAGUGGACAUUGGUGAUGAAGAUGAUGACUGUUUUCCAUCUUCUCAGUUAUUCAAUAAAAGUAGUAUCAAGGAAGAGAUUGAAAACAAUGAUUACAAUGAACAGAUGCAUUUGUCACAAUUUCUUGAUGAAGAAGAUGAUAAUAUCAUUACUAUCAUAGAUAGCGAUGAAGAAAGCAAUGAUGAGAUAAAUGACAUAGAUCCACUGCAGCAAAUAAAAUCUGAACCUGUUCCAGAAUCUGUGGUUGCAGAAAUGAUUGUUCCAGAAAUAUUAGAAACUGAUUUUAAUAUGGAAGUAGACAAGUUGCCUUCAAACAACAAUGAAAUCGUAAAUUCUUCUACAAGAGUAGAAAUUGAUCACACUCUCAGUUGCUUUACAAAAGAAUCUGAAGUGGAUACAAAUAAUAAAAAACUUCCUAACAAUGAAGGAUUACAUUCUUCAGCUAGUAAUCAAUUAAUUGGUCCUUUUGAGAAGGCAUUGCAAUCAUCUAAUGAGCUAAUAUUAUCUUCUUCACAUGAUCCUUUAGAACCUUCAACGUCAAAAAAUGUAUCAUCACCUUUUGUUAAGCCAAUAAAGAAAGGUGUUAAAAUUAUUGAACCGCACCAUAUGAAACCAAAAAAACGAGGAAGAUCAUCCGACGAUAAGAGGUACUCUUCAGAUUUAAAUUCUUCAUUUUCUAGAAAGAAUAAGAAAAGUAAAAAAUAUAAAAGCUCUUCAACUAGCUCAAAAAAAAGUAGUCAUCAUAGCAGCAGUAGUAGUAGUGGUAGUAGUAGUAAAAAAAAGAACUCUUCAAAGUCAUCAUCCAAAAGGAAAGAGAGACACGGAAGCGAGACAACAAACGAUUCUAUUGAUCAAAGUGUUCCUUCAUCCGAAAAACCCGAAGAGCCAGAAAAGCCAAAAAAUAGAACUACAAUAGUUAAAGCAAAAGUAUCAUCUAAAUCAAGAGGAGAUAUGUUAUGUGAAUCAAUGAUCAAUUUGAGACCAACACCAAGAACAGUAAAUAAAAAGGUAGGCUCUGAAUCUGCCAAAAAUGUACCAUCUAAGGAUAUUGAAAAAAUUGCUACAGUGGUCAAUUCAUCGUGCGUAAUACCACGCCGUCAAAUACCCUCAGGUUCUAUCAGAAUAAUCGGCCCACAUUCAGAAAUACAAAGCAGCAAUAGUUCAAACAAACACGUACUAGAGUCUUCAAGUGAAUCAAAUUCAGUUUCUUCCUCUAUCUCUCGUAAAGAAAAUUCGUCUACAGUUUUGAAAAAUACAACGAAUCUCAUGAAUUUCCCAUCGUCUUCAAUUAGUAACAACGCCAAAUCCUCACCAUCAGAUACCGAAUCCGUUGGAAACGAUUUAGACUUUCCUACAGAUUCACCGCCAUUAAAACCAUCUUUGACCAUUCCAGUUCCAAAUGGAAAUAACAAGAGGGUUUCAUUCAAAGAAAACAUCGUAUCAGUGAAAGAAUUUUCAAUUGAUCCAGGCAAUAGCAUGAGAAAUAUCAAAGAUGGGUUGAAAACUGUUAAAGAAUUUCCGAAACCAUUAGAAUUGAAAAUAGAAGAUUUUCUAGCUCGCGUUUUUGCAUGGGAACCUUGUUGGAUGGAACAACAACAAAAAGUCAAAGAACUACCACCUAUAGUCGAUAAAAGAAAGUUGCUUCCAUUGCCAAAUACAUUUAAUUGCUUUGAACAAUAUUACAAAAGAAUGGAGAUAUUGUUAUUGUUGGAAACUUGGCAGUUGUUACUUAAGGAAUAUGAAUGCACCGGUAGCAAGUACAGUAAUUCGCGAACAGUAUGUUGUGCUAUUGAAAGGGAUUCAAUUAAACAACAGUUGACGCCAAACAGACUUAGAUAUUCAAAGCUCGAUAUAAAAACUAUUACGACAAAGGAUGAGUUGCGUUUGAAAAGUAAUCCAGUUUAUGGUGAUAUGAUAAUAUUAGAAUAUACAAUUAAAAUAAGUGGCCAGAUAAAAUGGCGAAGAGCAUUUGCGUACGUUGUAGAAGUGAGGCAACAAAAUUCCUUAAGGUCCUUGCCAUCGGCUCAUCCACUCUUUAGAAGGGUCAAUAAUCCUCAUGCAAUAAUUACGUAUACAGUACAGACUAGAGUUAUUGAUGAACAUACUAUUCAGUUCGAACAGCUCGCAAGAUUGAGAAGUAUUUUGUAUUUGAGACCUCAUUUACGUGCAAUUAAAGGAUUGCAAUGUGUGGCACGAUCGGCUCUUCGUGAUUCUAUUUUACACGUUGACAUUGAUGAAUACCAACUAGAUCAGCCAAAUUCAAGCAGCAAUUAUCCACUUAUCACAAAUGAUAAGCUCAACGAAAAGCAGAAGGAAGCAGUUAUUAAAUUCACUGAUGCUGCUACAAAUAUGAAGUCCAAAAUAGGCUUACUUGUUGGCCCCCCAGGAACAGGCAAAUCAACAGUAAUUACAAAUCUUGUCACACAAAUGUUAUAUGGAGAUGGUAGGUUCGUAAAUGGCAAUGCUAAGCGAAUUCUAGUUUGCGCCCCGUCGAAUGCUGCUAUAGAUGAAAUUGUUUUACGUCUUCUUGAAAUUAGACAGGCUAUUUCAAAAAGAGAACAUCGAUUUAGAAUGGUGAGAAUAGGAAGGGAAGAGUGCAUGCAUGAAGAAGUAAAAAAGAUAUCAGUAGCUGAUCUUGCACGUAAGGAAGCUAAUAGACUGUUUACUGGAAAUAAACAAAAGCACUUAGAAGAUGUAGAGCAUAAAAAACAUCUGUUAUUGAAAACUAUCAAAUCGCUUAAUGAUCUCAUGGCAAGUGACCCUCAUAAUAGAUCGAGGUACGAGAUGGAGCUUGAACAUAAAAGAACUAAAUAUGAGAAGCUUUCUCACCGAAGUCCUGAAGCAGAACAAAUGGAAAGAAGUAAGUUGGAGACCAAUGCAAAAACGACGAUUCUACAUGGAGCUCACGUUAUUGCUUGCACGCUAUCGUCGUGUUACAAUGGUCAAAUGGAAGCUAUUUUUGGAGGUAACACUGAUCACAUAGCUACUUGUAUAGUAGAUGAAGCGACGCAAUGCUGUGAAGCCGAGACGCUAAUUCCGUUGAUGCUUGGUGUGAAAAAUCUUAUUCUAGUGGGAGAUCCUAAUCAAUUACCAGCUACAGUCAUGUCGACGGAUGCUAAAAGGCUUGGUUUAGAUAGAUCGCUUUUUACAAGAGCCAAAGAAGCUUUAGAAAGUCAAUUAGAUAAUAUUUCAGAUAAAGAUAAAGAUCCUGUGAUUAUGUUGAAAGAACAAUAUCGUAUGGUCUCUGCUAUUUCUUUUUGGCCCAACAAGUUCUUUUAUAAAGGAAAAUUAAUCGAUCGGGUGGCAUAUAAACAGUCAUUUCCUUACCACCCGUAUCGCAUACUUAAUGUUGAUGGAGAUCAAGAUCAGACCAAAUUUUCAAAUACAAGCGAGGCUCUAUUUGUUGGAAAUCUUGUACAUGCAUUGAUGAUGUGCGACAAAAUCCCGUCAUUUAAAAAGAAAAUUUCAAUGGGAAUAAUUACGCCAUACCAAAAUCAAAGAACUAAAAUUUUAGAAACAAUUAGAGAUCAGACUAGAUCAGUACCCCCGGAAAUAAAAAAUAAAUUUGAAACAGAGUGUAACACAAUAGAUAGUUUUCAAGGACAAGAAAGAGAUGUAAUUAUUAUGUCGUGUGUGAGAAGUCAUGGUAUAGGAUUUUUGUCGGACCCUCAGAGGCUAUGUGUAGCGUUGACACGUGCCAAACACACAUUAAUUAUAUGCGGAAAUUUUGCUCCUUUUAAGAAAGACAAAAUGUGGGACGAUUUACUUUGUGACGCACGUUCUCGGGGAUUAGUUUCAAACGUGAAUAAAAAUGCUAGACCAGAUGAAAUCAAACCUCUCGUCGUCAGACUCUUCUAAUACUUACACCACAUCGGUAUCGCGGUCGUCUCCAUUUGGCAGGUCCAGCAAAAUCUGGCACACCUCUAUUGUCCAACAAAGCUACAUACCUAGGCCCUUCACUGCUCGUAUCUGAACUAGAAGCUGGCCAACU